AUGCCUGGUCUCACACCUUACCCGCCUUUCCCUCAGGACGUCUCCACCAGCCCCCUCUUCGUGAUUGACUAUGAGCUUAUCAAAGCUGGAGAUGCGGGCGAGAUUGAGAGGCUCAGACUGGAGGGCUGCGACGGAGAUGGGGUUUUGGCAGUGGUGAACAUUACGACUAACCGGAAAUCCGUUCCAUGCCUCACGAACCACGAGGAAGCGGAAGGGAUGUUUGCUAUGGGCGAGAAGGCGAUCGUUACCCUCGAAGAGAAGCUCCUUUUUGAGCAGGGAGACCACGGAGUUUCGUUUGGCUACAAGGCCGACAAAGGCACGCGCGACGUUCCUGAGUUUGUCAACAAAUCCAAGGACGACGCGCUCGCCUGGCCAGCCGUUGCGCGCCGCACGUACUCCUCCGCCGUCAACGCGCGGAUGGAGUCCACCAUCGCGCCGUUCGUGAAGAAGUCUCUCGCGAUCAGCAACCACCUCAUCGGCGUCCUCAACGACACGCUCGGGCUCCCUCGGGUCUCUGCACAAGGUCGAGGAGUUCAGCGGAUGGUGCCGCCACUGGAGGAGAAGACGUUCCUGGCGGCGCACACGGACUCUGGGUCCUUGUGGUUCUACGUGAAGGUCGGCGAUCCUUCUCUAUCUGCCGCGCUCAUGCUCACGCAGUCGUCCGUCGCUCAGCCCCUGCCCGGACACGCGACCUGCAACAUUGGCGACGCGCUCAACAUCGUCUCCGGCGGCAUCCUGCGCUCCAACAUCCAUCGCGUCGUCCCGCCUCCGCGGGAGCAAGCCCAGUACGAACGGCACUCGGUCGUGUUCUUCACCCGCCCGAACGACGUCGUCGAGCUGCGGGUUCUGUCCGGGCAGAGCGAGCGCAUCGCUGCGGCGGUCGCCUACGCGCCCCCGGGGAAGUACGCCCCUGGUGUGACGGCGAUGGAGUGGCUGGUGAGGAGGGUCAAGUCGCAGCGGGUGACAAACUACAAGGAUCCGGAUAGCUGGACGGAUAGGCGGGGUACCGAGGACACGGCGAUUCCGAGCCAGGGAAAGAUCUGA